AUGUCAUUAGAGGGCGACCGGGCCAUUGUCCACAUCCCGGGCAAAUCGUCGAUAUUGACGAAACCGCUCCAGAAAGGCCAGAAAACGAAUGUCCGUCGGGGGUCUCUACUACAUGAGAGCAUUAUUGGCCGAAGAGUCCGCGAUCGGAUCCAGGCGCAGAAGGGCCCGGAGUAUCGUGUCACGCUUCCUACGCUCGACGAGUACGUUGUCCUCACGCCUCGUCUAGUAACGCCGAUCUAUGCCGCCGAUGCGAACCUGAUCGUUUCCCUACUCGACAUCCACGUCGCGCCUCCCUCUCAAGAAGAAAAACAAUCUCCAUUGGAGAUUCUCGAGUCAGGAACCGGCCAUGGCUCCUUGACCCUACACCUAUCCCGCGCCAUCCAGGCCGCAAAUCCCACUCCACCGCCAAUACCCUCCAUGUCCCAGAUCCAAUACCUACAGGGCCGACCUCUGCGGCCAGGAGAGGACGACGCACCGCACACUUCUACUAGCGAGAACGACUCUUCCCCGAGUAACCCCCUCCAACAACAAUGGGACAUUUGGCGUUCACAGCGUCGCGCAAUACUCCACACGGUGGACGUAUCGCCGAAAUUCUCCGCCCACGCGGAGAAAAUCGUCCGAGGGUUCCGACGAGGUCUAUAUGCAGGAAAUGUGGACUUCUACGUCGGACACGUUGAGAACUGGAUCGCAGAUCAGAUCCAACGACGAACUCCGAAGCCUCUCCUCCCCCUAACUCUGACAUCACGAACGGUCGAGCCGUUCCUCACCCACGCCAUCCUCGACAUGCCGGCUGCCAAUCAGCGGAUUCCGCACGUGGCUCCCAUACUGAAGAAAGACGGCAUCCUCGCAGUGUUCAUGCCAAGUAUCACGCAGAUCGGCGAAUGCGUAGAUCUCAUCCGCAGGCAGGAUCUCCCGUUCGUCAUGGACAAAGUCGUCGAAUUGGGCCCUGGUCUCAGCAGUGGUCGACAGUGGGAUGUUCGGUUCGCCGUGAAGAAAUCGCGAGCAGAUCCGUCGUCGUGGAUGGAGACCGUCGAUGCAGGGGAUUCAGCUGUCCAGCCAGACCUAGAUUCUCUCGCUGAAGAUAAAAAUAUGGGGGAUAUUGCGUCUGCUCCUGCGGAAGAAGAGACGUCCAGGGACUACAAGGAUAGUGUGCUUGUCUGUCGACCCAAGGUUGGAAACCGCAUUGUGGGUGGGGGAUUUGUUGGGAUCUGGAGACGUAUUGAAGGCACCCGGAAACGCUGA